CGUAAUGGGCCUGUGCUGCACUCUCGGACUCACCUGGGGCUUCACCUUCUUCGCCUACGGAGCCCUGCGCCUCCCGUCCUACUACAUCUUCACCAUCCUCAACUCCUUCCAAGGAUUCUUCCUGUUCAUUUACUAUUACAAGACUAGCAAGUUUGUGGGGGACCAGUUGACCUCAGAGAAGACCACCAGCACCACCAUGGAGGCCACCAGCGUGGAGAACCCGUACGAGAAGCCGAAAACAUUUUAAAGUACAGAUCACUGGAUAAAAGAGGAGCAGCCAUCGGGAAGUGAUGCCACCUGGACUAUAUUCUCUGUUUGAGGACGACUGAAAUAUGGAUAACUCUAGGAGGCCUGUGCGAGUGUGCAGAUCUUCAGAAGCUUUAUGGGCUGAGUGGGACUUUUAAUUUAUAAUUCUACUGAAGGCGCCUAUGAAUAGCAGUGAUAGAAGAAUAGCAAAUUCCUUUACAUUUCCAUGAAAGCAGUCUCAGUUCCAGACAUCUACACACUCAAAUAAGGCAGCUCCAACUGGGAUGCGAUCUGAUUGGUUUAGACCACAGCUUUUAUGUUUCCCGCCAACAGUGCUGUAAGUACAACCUGUGGAGUUCAUAAACACACAUUGAUCUGUUUUAAAUUUUUCUUUAUAAUUUAACAUAUAUGACUGAUUUCAUUUAGAUUUUUUAAUUUAUUCAUCUUCUGUUAAUGUGUUUAUUAUGUAUUUAUUUCUGCUAACUCAAAUAUAGUCACAUGCGAAUGUUUUGGCAUGUGUUUUACUAAUUUCUGAAAAUAAGUUAACACACCCUCUAUAGAGA